AUGGACAGUGUUGGAAACUUGAUAGGAUUAGUGAAGCAGAGAAUUGCAAAACCCCCCCGCGCCUCCUCCGCCGACGCUCCCGCCGCCUCCAGCCCCGACUCUCCCCCCGCCCCAGCCCCCGCCCCCGCUGGCUUCACCCCUCCAGACCUCGAUCCUAACACCCCUUCACCGAUCUUCGGCGGCAGCACCGGCGGCCUUCUCCGCAAAGCCCAGAUCGAAGAGUUCUACGUCAUAACAUGGGAAUCCCCCAAGGAACAGAUCUUCGAGAUGCCCACCGGAGGCGCCGCUAUCAUGCGCCAGGGCCCGAAUCUCCUCAAGCUCGCCAGAAAGGAACAGUGCCUUGCUCUAGGUACCCGCCUUCGAUCCAAAUACAAGAUCAAUUACAGGUUCUAUCGCGUCUUUCCCAACGGCGAGGUACAGUAUCUUCAUCCCAAGGAUGGGGUUUACCCGGAGAAGGUGAAUCCAGGAAGACAGGGCGUCGGCGUCAAUAACCGCAACAUCGGGAAGAAUGUCAGUCCGAUUACCGUCAAGUUUACUGGUAAGCAGGUCUAUGAUUUGUAAACCCUUUUAGCAUCAUUUAGCAUUUCACCUGUUUGAAGAUCUGGAUGUUUGUUGUUUGAUCUUUGUCUGUAUCUAUGGAUAAUGGGAAUUAAUCGCUUUUUAAGUUGGGUGAAGAAUUGGUUUGA